UGGAGGUGCAGUAUAACUGUUGUGGUUUACUAUUAAUACACACGAAUUACAGCCUGCUCCAGCUCUUCCAAAAGAAAAUGGCACAUAUCGUCGCUUCUAAUGCCGUGCAUAAUAUUGUAAAGGAGCGUUCAUGCCACGAAACCAUGCAAAUCUACAAGAACUGGGCAAAAGACUUAGAUACACACUGUAUGGAACUGAAAUACAAUGCUCCCAAAAUAAUGGCUGACGUAGUUGAAGAUUUACAUCUACCAAAAGAUAUUCAGAUUCUCGACGUUGCCGCUGGUUCAGGAUUAGUAGGGAUAGAGCUUAAAAAGACAGGAUACACUAAUAUUGAUGCCCUGGAUGGAUCCCAAGAGCUUCUCAACAUUGCCAAAGAAAGAAAAAUCUAUAAUAAAUAUUUCAAAGCUCUUCUUGGAGAAAAUAGGAGGUCACCUAUUGAGAAUGAUACCUACGAUGUUGUAGUUGUUUGUGGGGGGUUUGCUCCAGGUCAUCUCUACACAGAUAGUUUUCCGGAACUGAUACGAGUUGUUAAACCAGACGGAUACAUUUGCUGGACAAUGCGUGAUUACAGUCAUUAUUCUGAACGCUUUAGAAACGAAAAGUUUGACGAAGGUGUAAAUCAACUUUGCAACGCUGGAUUGUGGAAGAAAGUACGGGAACCUUACACAAAAAGUGGUUAUUUUGAUGGAACUGAUGCUAAAAUCUACUGUAUGCAGGUUAUUUAAUAAUGUAUAUGUUAAUACAGUCUUAUAACAUCAUCAAUAUAAAGGUUAACUUUGAAAGUGAUAUUCAGUACUUGACUUUUUGUCUUCAAGACUCGAUGUUUCUACUCCAAUCUGUAACUGAAUUAAUAUUUCGUGAUUUUUAAAUGAAUUA